CCGCUGCCCAUCGUGAGAUUGUACCUCAUGCAAGUCGCUGGAAACGUGUGCGAAGAGCCCCACUCCUGAUUCAUGCGCAUGGACGCCCGCCGACGGUGAAGCGCGGAACCGGCCACACACACUCUACGCCCGCCCAUUGAAAUUGAUUGAGAUCGAAAUCUUGCUGGCAGCAGCCCCCGGCGCAGAACUAUCGUAACCUUGCCGUCAUCAUUGGCGAUUAAUCGGGCCAGGGUUGGGGGAAUUGUCUAUUCCACCGGCAGCUGAUAAGCUUCCCGCGCACCGCCACCGCAUCUCCUCCGCCGCCCUUUGCCACUUUCAACGGUCGUGAUCAAUUUCACGGGCGUGGAGGUCACGUCUCAACGCCAUUUCGCGCACCUCAUCCUCCGAAACCAAAGGCUUCAAAUCAUCCCAAUUGGUCAUGAUGGGCCGCCCACCCAACCUCUUCUGCUUCCAGAGCAUCGACAAGGAUCUCGCGCCCAACCUGCGGAAAUACGUCCUGGAGCAGCAAAAUGAGGCGCUCAAACGACACGAGGUCUUCCGCGUCGCCGUCUCCGGCGGCUCCCUGCCCGCCACGCUCGCCACCGCCCUCCUCGCGCCCUCCUCCGGCGCCGAGGAUGACAAAGUGGAAUUCCCCAAGUGGGAAAUCUUCUACGCCGACGAGCGCUGCGUGCCCCUCGACCACGACGACUCCAACCACAAGCUGGUGAAGGAGAACCUGCUCGACAAAAUCCCCGCCGACAUGGGGCAGCCGAAAGUGUAUCCCAUUGAUGAGGCGCAUCUGGACGAUGUGCAGGAGAUGGCGGACCAGUAUGAAAAGACGCUCGUCAGCAUCUUUGCCGCUCGCGACUCCGUCAAGCUGCCCCUCUUCGACUUGAUUCUUCUCGGCUGCGGACCCGACGGGCACACGUGCUCACUGUUCCCCGAUCAUCCGCUGCUGAGGGAGUCGGAUGCCUGGGUGCUCUCCAUCUCCGACUCGCCCAAGCCCCCGCCCAAGCGCAUCACCCUCAGCCUGCCCGUCGUGGUGCACGGCGUCAAGAUCGCCUUUGUCGCGACCGGAGGCGGCAAGGCGAGCGUGUUGAAGAAGAUUUUCGAGACGGAGGAGGGCUCGAAACUGCCCUGUGGUCUCGUCAAUGCGGGUGGGGGCGAAAAGGUGUCGUGGUUCUGCGAUGCGCCGGCGCUGGAAGGCGUCAACUUCCCCCGGCGAGGCAGCGUGAUUUGAGCUCCUUCCCUUCAACGAAUACAUGACAUAGACGAGGCCGACGAAAGACAUGUCCCCAGUGUCAGUCAUUUCCGGAUCAACCUUAUUCUAUGUGUUUUGUUGUUGUGUUUUUAGUCGUUAAGAACCAGAACUAGCAAAAUCAUCAUCACCCUUCAUUCUCCCCAUUCUUUCGCCUUUCACUGGCGGCGGUGUGAUGUGUUGCGGCCAACACCGCAGAGCGCUGGGGAGCUGCGAGCUUCAGCUGAACUCGUCCCCAGCCGCACACCUCCCAAC